UUUUGUGUACACAAAGCAUCACAUCAGCACGGUCGCUCAGUGAGUUUGCGAGACGUUGCAGAUUAUCCAUCUGAUCUGAUCCAUCACUGAAUUUAGUAGUUCAGAAACUUUAACUGAAUUGUAUCUUGCAACUAAUCAAGUGAUACUACCACGAUGAGUAACGGAAAACAUUUUGCCAAAGGAUCAACCCCACCCGUUUUAAGCAAUGAUGGCAAACUGCGCCUCUACUCGAUGCGCUAUUGUCCAUACGCGCAGCGAAUCCAUUUGAUCCUGGACGCCAAGAAAAUACCUUACCACACCAUUUAUAUUAACCUGAGCGAAAAACCUGAGUGGUAUUUCAACGUAAACCCAAUGGGUAAGGUGCCAUCGUUGCAGGUGCCCAGCAAGGGGGACGUGACACUGUACGAAUCACUAGUAGUAGCCGAUUACCUCGAGGAAGCAUACCCUGAUAAACAGCGGAAACUCUAUCCGACGGAUCCGUUCCAGAAAGCGCAGGAUCGCAUUCUGAUCGAACGAUUCAACGGUUUGGUGAUUGCGCCCUACUAUCGCAUUAUGUUUUCAUCUGAUGGUAUUCCUGCCGGGGCAAUAACCGAGUUCGGCACAGGAUUGGACAUUUUUGAAAAGGAACUUAAAGCUCGAGGUUCUCCUUACUACGGAGGCGACAAACCUGGUAUGCUGGACUACAUGAUUUGGCCAUGGUGUGAACGUGUCGAUUUGUUGAAAUUUGCCUUGGGCGAUAAGUAUGAGUUGGAUAAGGAACGUUUCGGCAAACUGCUCCAAUGGCGUGAAUUAAUGGAACAAGAUGAAGCCGUGAAAAAAUCAUUCCUUUCGACGGAGAACCACACCAAAUUCCUACAAAGUCGAAAAUCGGGAGAAAAUAACUACGAUAUAGUGACCAAUGUGAAAAAACAACGUGUAGCUUGAUAUCAAUAACAAUGAAGUAGUGAGCGAGUUUUUCAAGCUAGUCGUGAAGGACAACUGAUUUAUCUGACUACUGCCUUCAUUAGUUCUAAAUACUACAAAGAAAUCAGCGUUUUAUAUGGUAUUCGGAUAAAUAUUUAAAUAAAACACGUU